CUGUUACUGAUGGGGUGCUGAAGUCCUUUUGACAGGAAGUGGUUUUGCUGUAUUUUUCUCCUUGACUGCUUUGUGCUUGCCUUAGAUGGAACAAGAUGUGUAGCCUUUAGAAGGGGGCCAUUUCACAUUUCCCGCUUUCUUUUUAAAAAGCUGAAACUGGAGAUUGUUGGGGAAGAUGAGAAAAACAGCGCACAGCAGAAUAUAGAUUUGACAUAUUAAUCAUGCAGCAGUUAGCAGCUUCUGGUCUCAAUGUAGGAAAGCUACAUCCUUCCUCCGAAAGCACAGGGGCUGUUCAGAUGAGGAUCAAAAGUCCCAGCAACCCCCAUGACAGGUCCAGCCAAAGCAAGUCUCUGGUAUUCUCUGAGAAUCUGAAAGUCAUUGAGUCGGUAUCUCGUCACAGAAGGAAUCAUUCCCAACAUAAUAUACCACAUCUUGAAAGUACUGGCCCAUUGGAAAAACAGAUAAUCAAAGAAGGCUAUCUUCUAAAGGCUAAAAUUGCAGAUGAAGGCAAGAAGCUAAGGAAAAACUGGAGUACUUCUUGGAUUGUUCUCACUGGACGAAAAAUAGAAUUUUAUAAGGAAUCCAAACAGCCAGCUGUGCUCAAUCUGAAAGGGUCCAAACCUGAGUGGCUGGACUUGUGUGGCGCUCAGAUUGAGUGGACCAAGGAAAAAUCUAGCAAAAAGAAUGUCUUCCAGGUCACAACAGUUUCAGGAAAUGAGGUCCUUCUUCAAUCAGAUAUUGACUUCAUCAUAUUGGACUGGUUCCGUGCUAUCAAAAACGCGAUUGACAGAUUGCCAAAAGAGAAGAGUUACACAUCAAAGAAAAACGAGCUCAAAAUUCAGAGAUCUUCUAGCUCUGAAUUACUGGGUGUUCAUGCCGACAGUAAGGAACCAAAAACAGAAAAUAGAAAGUCUUUAAUUUUCAGGCUGAACUACAGCAAAUCUGAUACAAAUGACAGAAGCCAAGUUAAGAGCAGAUUAAAGAAGUUUAUCAUUCGAAGACCUUCUCUGAAAACUUUGCAAGAAAAGGGAAUCAUUAAAGAUCAGAUUUUUGGUGCUUACCUACACAAUGUGUGUGAACAUGAUGGCUCUACUGUCCCUUACUUCGUUAAAAUGUGUAUAAAAGCUGUUGAGGAACGAGGUCUGGAUGUUGAUGGAAUAUACAGAGUCAGCGGCAAUCUGGCAACGAUACAGAAGUUACGAUUUGUUGUCAAUCAAGAAGAGAAGCUGAAUUUGGACGACAGCCAGUGGGAGGACAUCCACGUUGUCACUGGAGCACUCAAGAUGUUUUUCAGAGAACUGCCUGAGCCUCUGUUCCCAUACUGCUUCUUUGAACAGUUUGUGGAGGCAAUAAAAAUCCAAGAAUAUGAUAGCCAAGUGAAAGCCAUAAAGGACCUUGUUCAGAAAUUGCCCAGGCCAAAUCAUGACACCAUGAAAACACUAUUUGCACAUCUGCAAAAGAUAGCAGCCAAGGAGAACAUGAAUCUUAUGUCACCCCAGAGUUUAGGAAUUGUUUUUGGACCAACUCUCCUUCGACCUGAAAAAGAGACAGCAUCCAUGGUGAUCCACAUGCUGUAUCAAAACCAAUUGAUUGAGCUGAUGCUAAGUGAAUACACCAAGAUCUUCAGCUCUGACUGACAGACUGAGAAUGUUGCUGAAUAUGUUCACAUCUGUCUUGAUACCUAAUAUUUUUACAUUUCUGUAAACAUCUUUUUGAAAUAUUUCUUUUUCUUUCUAGUGACAGAUGCCUCAUUUUGUGAAAACUUAGUGAUGGUUUUGUCUUUACAUUUCCAAACACUGAAAUAAAAAUAUAUUGUCAACA